AUGAAUACAACGAAAAGGAAAUUCAAUGCCCUUCUUAAUGGCUUGGGAAACAAAAAAUCCGAUUCCUCCCUAUCGGCACACGAAGUAAACAAAACUCCGGACAAACCUCAAAACGACACAGAUUCAAAUAUGAAGAAGCCGCGGAUCUCUUAUUCAUCUUCAAGCCUUAAUCGAUUGCCUUCAUUAACUCGCGCAUCAUCGGCGGCUCCUUCUGAAUUCGAUAGUGCUCGUCAGAAACUGGCGCCGGUCUAUAAACUCUCUGCGACUCCAGUUUCGCAUUCGGAACCUCCUAAAUGGGCGCCAUAUGAUCGCGCUGAAUUUCUCAAGAGAUUAAAAUCUUUCUCGAAUCUAACCGAUUGGACGCCAAAGCCGGCAAGGGUUAAUGAAGUGGAAUGGGCGAAGAGAGGAUGGGUUUGUCAAAAGAAGGAGCGCGUUAGAUGUUGUUUCUGUAAUGUGGAGAUUUUGGUCAAAUUGAAUAAGAAGGAAGAGGAUGGAAAAGAGAAGGAAGUUUAUAUUGCGGAAAAUAUUGGUGAGGGCAUCAAUCGCGCAUCUAUCAGUGAUGAAGUACUAACUAAUUCAGUAGAAAACGCGUUGAUUGAUAAAUAUGUUGAACUUAUUGUCACUUCGCAUGAUGAGAGUUGUCCCUGGAGACAGAGAGGAUGCGAUGGUAUGUCGUUUUGGAUUAGGUUCAUUCUCUCGCUAUUAUUAACUAUGUCGCAGAUGUCAUAUUCAAGCUUCCCCUCAAUAAACCUGCAGUCACCAUACAAACCCUUCGCGAACGUUAUGAUGAGCUUCAACAAAGAGCGGAACAUUUACCAUACCUUUCUAAUAUGACACCUCCAGAAGGCCUCGAUAUCGAUCGCGUAAUAACCUACCUUCCCCGAGAUUUCCUUAAAUCAUCUCCUGAAGCGCAAACGAAUACUCAAAGCGAAAUCAAUAAAGUGGCUUUAAUGAUGUCCCUUUGUGGUUGGCAAGGUCACAAACAUGAUCGCCUUGGUCAUCAACUCGAAUCUGUCUCAUGUCAAACAUGUUAUCGAAUUCUUGGUCUUUGGAUGUUUAAAAGCAAAUCCAUUUCUGCCACAGGUAAAGAAACUGAACCAGCUAUCGUCUCCGGUCUCGAUCCUAUCGCCCAACAUCGCGAAUAUUGCCCCUGGCGUAACCCCGUAUCACAAAACGGUCUUGCUGCGACGCAGAGCUCAAAAUCAAGAGAACUUGCCGGAUGGGAAGUCGUGUUACGCGUGUUGAAGAGUGAGCAUGGACUGAGAGCAGGCAGAGAAAAGAAUGAAAAGGGAUCGAGGAGGAGUUAUAUUGCACCUACGAUGAAUGAAGCUAGUGGUGAGGAUGGUAAUGAUUUAGCACACGAUUUUGCAGAUGAUGAAGAUGCGAAGAGUAUCAGGGAUGCGAAAGAUAAGGAUUUGAUGGCAAGAUUGAGGAGGGUUAAGACAUUUAUUGCAUUAAAGAAACGUCCAAGUGGAGAGGUGAAAAACAAGAGGUUUAGUGCUGCUUGAUUCAGAAUUGAGAUGGGUUUGACUGGAAGCUGGAAGCUGGAAGCUGUCAACGAAGAAGUUGAUUAACGAUGUACGAUCACGAGUAAGAACGUCAUGGGUAUUACUUUAUUUGCGUGGGCGUCAAAACUGGAGUUUAUUUCCUUCAUUCUUGUGUCUGAUUUAGGGGGUAACGGGUCAUAAUGGGAUUGCCAGCGAUCAUUUACUGAAAGGCUGGCAAUCAUGAUUGUAGGAAGGUACAGCGUUAUGAUAUAUUCGUUUCAUUUUGUAUUGGAGUAGCGGUAGUGGUGUAAUAUAUCUGGAUAUUUUGCUUUUCCAUAAGACACGAUACCCGCCAGUAUAUAUUUGCAGUACUCCUGGGUUUCAGUAUAAUAUCUAUACAAAGUAAAAUAUAAUAGAGUUUGAGUUUACUUG